UAUUAUACGAGCUGGCACUCACAAGACUCAACAAUACGUUAUGACAAGAAGUUCUUUCAUGCAAGCGUAGAAUCAGCUGUUCCAAUUAGAGAGAGAGAGAGAGAGAUCCCGAAUAGAGGGAUACAGAAGAGAGAUUUGAUUACAUAUCAGUCAACGUCAAUUUUUAUAUGGUAAAAGUAGCGGUAUGUGCGUUUCGUAGAAACAGAAAUCUAUUUUUCAUGUUUUAUGAUGAAGACUGAUGAAAUAAUGUCGCAUAACGCAGAAGAGCAAAACUCGCAGACUGUACACAAGAAUAGUGUAUCUGAUAUAGGGCCAAUGAUGCAGCCUCAGAGUGGUCCAGGAUUUCUUGUAAUCUUAACAUUUGCAUGCGACGCUCUAGUAGCAUGUGUUAGACAACUAAACAUAAUGGAUGAGGAAUGCGGCGAUGGAAAUUAUGGAACUACACUUGCUCAUACUGCCAGUGUUAUAAAAAUAGCAAUCAAGGAAGGCAGUAUUUCAGCAACAAGACCUUCUAUAGCAUUUACACAGAUAAGUCGAAUUAUUGAGAAAGAAAUGGGUGGCUUAGAAGGUGGAAUAUAUUCAUUAUUUUUUGAUACUAUUGCCAAGAGCUUUCUUAGAUUUCAAGAUGAUGAGCAAUUAACUGCAAGCAUGUGGUUAACUGUCUUAACAUCUGCAAACAAGAUGAUAUCUGAGGUCAGCGGAGCAUUAAUAGGUGAAAGAAGCAUGUUGGAUGCUUUGAUACCUGCACAAUAUAAAUUAAAAGAUGCGCUAAAUUUGGGAUUAAGUCCUACCGAUGCAUUCGGAGAAGCUGUUAAAGCUGCUGAAACUUCUGCUAUACAAACUGUACAUGUGUCGGAAUCACAUUCUUAUCCAGAUCCUGCAGCACAUGCUGUAGGUAUAUGGAUGAGAGCUGCUUAUGAAGAAGAUGUACAGGAUGAAUGUGAGGGCUGUCAAAGUAUUGGAAAUAUCAAAUACUUGAGCAACGAGCAUGAAACAAGGACAUCUUUCCUAUCUGCUCAACAAUCAUUGAUGCAAGAUAUUGGAAAUUUAUUAAAGCAUGCUUGUGUUAGGAGCCUAAGCUGCGAAGUGCAUCCUGGUAAAGAAGGUGUUUGCUACUUUGGAGAUGAGUACAGGGGGCAUGUUUUAAGUCAUACUUUUACAUUGAAAGAUGCCCAGGCAAGAGGAUUUAGGAGAUGGUGCAGUUUUAUUGUUUUCAUGAGAGAUAAGCAAUUCUUGUUGAACAUGUGGCCAUUUUUAAUCGACAAUUUAAAGGAAGUAAUUAAAGAGCUGCAAGAUUUUGCAGAGAAAAAAUAUAAUGCGGAAGAAGCAGAAUGUCCACAGAGGGCAAUGAGGCUAACAACGGCAAACAGUGGAGCUGGUUGCCAUGCUCCUAUAACUAAACAAUCCAGAGCACUUAAUGAUAUAACAAAUGAAAAGCAUGUUUUUGUAAGAAUUCACAUGUGGUUAGUAUGGAUCCUUAGUGCUGGUGCAAGGCAUUUCAUAGAAAUUUUCCCAAUGAGUUUAUUAGAUGAUGAACUUAAUUAUAAUUUUGAACAUCAAAUUGAAACUGAAGAAAAUUUUACUUUAGUAAACGCAAAAUUGCCAAUAAACUUAAAUCUUAACUCGGACGAUUCGGAACUUUUGCCAGAAUUUGCUGAAAUCGCGGAAAAAUCUAUUGCCGUAAUUUUACGAGAUUUGAAACAAAUAUUGGAAAAGGAUCAGUUUAGGCAGCUGCUGUAUUCCUGCUUAACUGGCGUGCAAGUCCUGGUAAGAGGCCCGAAAAUUCAAAGAUUGGAAUCUUUAUACGGACUUAGCAGUCUUAUACCAAGAGCAUGUCGAAGGGUAAAAACAGAAACAUCGGAAUACAUGGAUCCUGACACGUGUAACUUUAUCGGUGUAGAUACCUCGGUAGCGAUUCCUUUACCUUGUGCAAGUGUAUGCAGGCUCGAUAUAAUACUCAAUGAGCACACGCUCGAAAACGCAAAAUCCCAUAUAGUUAAAUGGACUGGUGCAUUACCACAAAAAUUACCGACUUUGUUAACAAAGAUUGAAAAAUCACUUGACAAUGAAAAACUCGGAAAUUCGGUUCUCAAAGCACACUUUGCAACUCUUUUGGAAGAAUGGGCCAAUAUCGCAAAAGUUGUUCACGCGAUGCGCGGACGGGGUCAUCGCGGUGAUCUUUCUGGACUAAUGCUCAGUUUGGGCGCUGGACCUCAGGAUAAAAAGUUGCUGGAUGCAUGGUCUAUGGGAUUACCAUCUAAUCCAGCAUAGUCUCAUAAAAAUUUAAUGCGUUCUAUUGCAUGUAUAAUAUAUUAUAUAUCUUUGAAUAAUGUAUUAUUUAUUGCAGAUCGUAUAUUUCUCUAUUCAGAUUCCUCGUUUAUCCAAGAGGAAUGCUUACGUGUGUUCAAGGUUGUGUGUCUUUUUUUAUUUAUAAUUUAAUUAAAAAAUAAAAACGAGAAUUUUUUUGGGAACUUAUUAUUAAAGCAUGGCACAAGUAAUGUAUAUUUUUUGUAUAGUACUAUUUGUUUUAAAACAAAUGUAAUAAUUUAGAGUAUAUUGUGGAUGCUGGUAAAUCUCAUGAUAAUUGUGAAGAGAUGAGAAUGUUUCAAAUUGUGUAUAGUUUUGAAUAUAUAUAUUUGUAACUUAUUAUAAAACAUAAGAGAAAUAUGUUGGCAAAUGUUAUAUAUAUAUUAGAUGAAAAUGUAAUACAUAUACAAG